GUGUAUAGUUAGAAAAACUGAAUACUCUAAAAGUAAAAGACGAGUUAAACUAUUAACUAUAGGUUCUAGUUGAAGUGUAAAAUUAUAUAGUUAGUAUUUAUUAUUUUUAUAUACCAAUUGGCAAUUUAUGGAUGGAAAGUAAUUAAGAUAUAAUUGAAAUUAAAAUUUGUACUCAGUAUCACUAUUCACAUACGGUUGAUAUAAUCGCAUUACAUUUUAUAUUCAGAAAUGGAAUCGUUUUAUGGUUUACCUUUUAAAGUUCUUGAAGUCCCAAAUUUACGUUUAAAACGACCGUCAUGGUUAAAGAAGCCAUCUGCCAUGUUUAUGUAUGUGAUUGUAACAAUCUCAUAUUUUUUAGUGACCGGAGGGAUUAUAUAUGAUGUCAUCAUAGAACCACCUAGUGUAGGUUCAACUACAGAUGAAAAAGGACAUUCAAAACCAGUGGCAUUUAUGCCUUACAGAGUUAAUGGACAGUACAUUAUGGAAGGUUUAGCAUCAAGUUUUCUGUUUAACAUUGGGGGCUUAGGAUUUGUUAUAUUGGAUUUAACCAAUAAUAAAUCAACUCCAAAAUUGAAUCGUACUCUUUUGACUGGUGUUGGAUUUGCGUGCAUCAUUGUAUCAUAUUUUACAUGUUGGACAUUUAUGAGAAUGAAGCUUCCGGGAUACUUGAAGUCAUAAGAAAUAAAAACAUUGAACAAAAC